CCCGCGGGCCUGGCCGGCGACUGGAUUAGAUGGAGCUCGGCGCGGCUGGCGGCAGCAUCCUCCUGCCGGCUGGGCUCGAGCCGGCUGCUGAGUCGCCUGCCCGGGCUGGCCAUGCAAGACUGAGCGCUAAUCGCCUGCACGGGAGCGCUCCGCGAGCCUGCUAAUUAAGUCCACGCGCGAGCCAGGCUGCUAAUUGCAGGCACAGGACCGCCAUGCAACGCUGCUAAUUAACGGUGCGUUCGCGACUGCCACAUUGCAGGCUGCCCGCUGCCCUGCCAGGCUGCUGGGGAAGGGCCUCCCUGCCAGGCGGCACAUUAGCUGCAGGGUUGCUGAAUAGCUGCAUGCAGGGAUUUGCACUGGCAGCCCCGUUGCUUUAACUGCCUGGCUGCAUCCUAGCCCCCCUGUUGGCUCAUCCCUCUCCCUGCCUCCCUCAGCAUGGGCACCGUGCUGUCCCUCUCGCCGGGCUCCCGGAAGGCCAGCCUGUACGAGGAGGGCUCCUCUGGCUCGCUGGCGCACUACCCGGGCGUGCCGAGUGCCAAGGGCAGCGGGCAGAAGGCGGACAAGAACCUCAAGCGCCACUCCAUGUUCAUCCCGGCCUUGACCUGGAAGCGGCUGGUGGCCUCCACCAAGAAGAAAGGCUCCCGGGGCGGGGGGAAGGGGCCCGCCCACAAUAACAACAACAAUCACCCCCACGCCAAGGACGUGGCCCUCCUCAACCACGAGAAUGUCAAGAAGUCGCUGUCCUGCGCCAACCUUGCCAGCUAUGACGGGGGCGGGCCGCCCCUGGCACCACUCAGCGCCAAGCGCAUAUCCACCACCUCCGUCUCCUCCCUCAAGCCAGGCACCUGCCUGGGCGGGGGCAGCUCGGCCUCCCCGCGGCGCGUGGUCGUCCAAGCCUCCACCAGCGAGCUGCUCAAGUGCCUGGGCGAAUUCCUCUGCCGCCGGUGUUACCGCCUCAAACACCUGUCGCCCACGGAGCCCAUCCUGUGGCUGCGCAGCGUGGACCGUUCGCUGCUGCUGCAGGGCUGGCAGGACCAGGCCUUCAUCACCCCAGUCAACGUGGUCUUCGUCUACCUGCUGUGCCGGGAGGUGAUUGAUGGGGAUUUGGUCUCCAGCGAGCACAACCUGCAGGCGGCGCUGCUCACCUGCCUCUAUCUGUCCUACUCCUACAUGGGCAACGAGAUCUCCUACCCGCUCAAGCCCUUCCUGGUGGAGGCGGCGAAGGACGCCUUCUGGGACCGGUGCCUUCGCAUCAUCAACGCCAUGAGUGGCAAGAUGCUCCGGAUCAACGCUGACCCCCACUACUUCACCCAGGUCUUUGCCGACCUCAAAAACGAAGGCAGCACCCGUGAGGACUUUGCUCGCGUCCUGGACCGGUGACUGGCUCAGGGCAUAAAGGACCAACUGGCCCCCUCCUCACCAACCUCAUGUGCAGCGCAGCCCUCGCCUUGCUGUGACCUUUAAAGACCAGCUUGUAGCGAGCCAGGGAUUUUCCUCUUGCUUGCCUGGGCCAGAUCUCCCCUGAGCCAGGCCAGACUCAUCAAAACACUUACAAGAACUCUGGCUUGGCUGCCCCUCCCCCCGUGCCAUGAGCCAACAACAGGGGGUGUCUGUGUGCAGUGUGGGGGAGGCAGCCUUCAGCUCCGGUGUCUGUGUCAGAGACAGACGAGGAGCAGCCAAAGGCCAAUAGUUUGAUUCCCUUUUAAUAGGCCAAGAAGUGCCUGUGGGUUCCCUCCUCCCCCUCCCCACCCCCGAGUGCCAUGUUCGUGGCUUGUUAAUUUCUUCUUUUGGGUUUCCUUGAGAUGCAUUGCAAAGCGAUGGGGAAAAUUCCAGGGAGGACCUAAAAUAGCCACGUGAUGCGCGCUUUAGCUUCGGCCGGUGAUGUGCUUAUACAGGUGAACUCUCCUUUUGGACUAGCCCUGUCUUGCUUAGAAAAUCUCCCACCCUCUCCUUGCCAAACGCCGGUGCAUUGUACAGUCUGUUAGUGCCAGUCACUUCGGAGCCUUCCUCUCUGUACCAGUCUGACUCUGCAGCCGGGAAUCGGCGCUGGCUGGUGGCUCUGUCCAAUGCCUGGGACAGGUAGCUGAUGUCCCCUCCUAAGGAAUCUCCAGGUGCGUGGGGGUGCGGAGGAAGUGGGCCCAGGCUGUAGAUGGAGGGUACUGGUAGCUGGAUUGGCCUCUGCAUGCUUUGAUUGGCCUGGGCGUGAGGAGCCAGGGCUGGAAGUGUUUGAACAGGCCGUGGCUGCCCCUGUCUUUUGAAGCAGCCAGGUCCCCGAGGUGUUGUGUGAUGUGAGCAGGGGAUGGAGGAGCUGAGAGAUGGCUGGCUGGGGGGACGGGCAGGGCUGACCAGCGGAGGUGCUGCAAGCCUGCACACUACUGGUUUCGUUUGUGAGUUUCCUGCCCCCGUCCCCUGGCAGGUCCCCUCAGGGUGUGAGUGACCCCUGGACCCCUUUACUCCCUGAUCCCCCCCCAGGUCCCUGUGAAUCUUGCUCCCCCGGUGUUACAUUGACUAAAUCUCAUUUGAAAGGUCUCCUGUACCCCACCAAGCGUGAGGGGUGCAUUCGGCACCUGGUGUCUCUCUCUGCUUGCCUGUUCCAUUGCUAGUCUGGCUGCAGGACUGGGGGAUGUGCUCCCCCCUCCUUGCUGUCUGGGGCUGCUCCAGCCUUGGGCCCAGCCCCCUCGUUUGCCCCCAGCCUGGCUAAUUUCAGCCCUACCUGGCAGGGCCUCUGCAGCAUGCCCCCUCUGAAGAGAGUUUGCAGAUAGGAUCUAGGGAGGGGGUGCGCAGGAUCUGCCGCAGGGAUGGUGCUGGGGGGUAGAAUGGCUGGAGGAGUGAUGGGUCUGGGCUGUUCCAGAGGAGGGUGUCCCCAUAAGCAGGGGUGUGUAACCGAAGUGGACUGCAGCGGAUAGGGGGUGCAGGUAUCAGGGACGCUCUUCCUGCAAGGCACAGUGGAUUGUGGGUCACCAUUAUGAAUUCACACUUUGCAUGCUCUACCAGCACUCAUGACUCUUCCCAGCCCCCCCUCCAGCCCCCUAGGGAGGUAGGCCAGUAUUACCAACCCACUUUGUAGAUUAGGAACUGAGGCACAGAGCCAGCAAAUCGCUUGCCUGAGGCCGCAGAAUGAAUGACUGUCAGAACGGAGAGGCUUUUCAUCCUGCAGGCAGAGCACUGACCUACAGCCCUGGCUGCAGGGAAACCCUGAGGCUAGGUGCUCAGAUACUGCAGCGACUGGGCAGCCGCAUACCUAUCUAGCUCAGAGGCCUGUUGCUUGGGUCACUUGGAGCUGGACUGGAGUGGAGGGAACAAUCCUGCAUGGCAGGGUGCAGGCUGGGAGGUCUGAUAGGUCUCCUCCAUCUCCAGCACCUGGGCUUGCAGCUGGAGGCCGUGCCCAGGACACGGAACGAGGUAGCUGACAAACGCGUGCAGAGUGAUGUGCAGGGAAACCCUGGGGAGGCUACCAGACACUGCGCACCAGGAUUUCCUGUGGAGGCGCCACCCUGCUGGUGAAAACUGUCAGGCCCCUCCAGAGGUCCGGUGGCUCAUCCCACUCAGCCGUGUGUUGGGCGGGGAGGCCGUGCUGCCCUCUCGCGGGAGCUUGGGGUGCUGCAGGGGUGCACCAGUGGCCUUUGCCAUGGUGUGCGGUGUGGUGCCACUUGGUUCAUUGACACUCCGCACCAUAGUAGCUACAGCCACAGUCAGGUUUUAUAACCAGCCUGGCUGGGGAGUUCUGGGCCAUAGCGAUAAGCCCGUGGGUAAACAGCACCUAGUUCUUCUGCUAUGGCUCAUCAGAAACAUUUCCUGGGUGCCCUGCGCUAGGCCCGACCAGGGCUCAGCUGGGUCCCAGCCAGGUUAGCUCUGAGGCCCUUAACCCCGUCCCCAAGGCAGAGUUCCGAAAAGCCCCAACUCCCGGGAGUUCUGCUCCCAGGAUCUGGCCCUUACAGGAGACAGGAAGCCAUUUGUGGACUCUUUCUUGCUCCCCCUUAAAGGGGCCCUGCAAAGAAAUGGGGCUUGUGCUUUUUGCUGUUCCCUUUAUGGUGGGUAGAUGAGGGCUGAGACCUUGGACCCAUAAAAAGGGGUCGGUUUUUACCUGAGCUAGUCAGGAUGUGGCUCUAUGGCAGCUUCAGCCCUAACAAAACGAGCUCCAGCCGUGUGGGGAAGGGCCUGUUUUUAACCCUUUUGGUUGUGUUGACAGCUGUUAACGCCAAUGCCCAAUGAACGCCAGGGAGAAAGGCCAUCUUUGUUAAAGAGUCACCUGUUCAAGGUGGGAGCUAUCGCUGGCAGCCAGGGACUCCUCCGGCAAACCCCAGGGGGUUCCAGACCCGACUCCUGGCAAUUUGUACCAGGACAAAAAUCAGAUUCAAAAUAUCCCCCAAGCUCAGGCUUCUCUUUGUGCAUCAAUGUGGCCAAGCAAGGGCACAAUCCCAGACAAGUCACCGUCAGGCCAAAGGCCCCCUUCUCAGCAGUGAGGCAGUUCAGACCUUCCCGAGCACCCCGACGGUAUUCCCGGGCCCUGCACCUCUCCGGGGCGCUUGGCGGCUUUGCUUGUGUGCAGAGAUACGUUAUUUAUAGGCAGGGUAUAUAAAGUCACUUUAUAUACACACCCAGCCCUACUGUAUCAUAGCUAGACGUAUAUUUUUAUAUGAGAGAGUAUCAGUAACUAACAUGGGGAUGGGCCCAAAUGCCUUGUUGCUUUUUUUAAUUAAAAGAUCGACUCCACGACUAGAGAAGCUUAGGUCGUGUCACCCAGCCCUGACCCAAGUGACCCUAAAAUCGGGACCAUCGGCGAAAUCCACGCCAGUUGCUGCUAAACCAGCAUCCACCGCCACCUUCCUUCCCUCCCUUCCUGACGUCCCUGGCCCCCGGUGGAUAUGCUGUUGUGUAAAUAGCCCUGUUGUGUAUAAAGCAUCACGAGCGGGUACGUGACAAUUGUGCAUGUAAAGAUGAUUUAUUUAAUUUGUUGCUAUCUUUCUCUUUCCAUUUGUGGAGCUGUUUUUCAGCAGUGAGUUUCUUAUUUAAAACUGGGAGGGGGGGAUCCCCCCCAGCCAAACACGCCGCUCUGGAUUUUCUUCCAGACUGGGAGGACAUUAAAGCGCAUUCCUCAGAACAGGAUUGAUGCAUUUUCACUGGAACAGGACACUGCUUAUUUUUAAUAUUUGUUGCAUUUCUUCUUUGGAACCACUAUUUAUUUGGGUGGAGCUGUCCAGUCUCCUCUUCCCUCCCCCGCCCCCAAAGAUGCCCAAGAGCUGAGGGGCUUUGGGGGGUGAUUCCGGACAGAAACUUGUCCCUUGGUCCCUGUACCAGGGUGUGGCUACAAAAGCCAAAGAACCAUGAGACAGCAGUGGGAGGUUUCACCUUGCAACCAACAGACGUAGGGGGCCUUCGUUUUCAUGCCCCUCCCAGUGCGAAAUGAAGACGACAGUCGAUAUUUAAAGCAAAAACUCUUCCCUUCCCCUCACCCCCUGGAGGUGUUUAAAAUCUGUUUGUAAUAUUUACUAUCUCCGACUUGCCUACGUGUCCAAUUUCUAAAUGUGUCAUUGCUGGGAGCGAGCCGCCCCCGCCAGGUGCUCCAGGGACAGAGCCUUGUCACAGGGUGCCGGGAGCAGUGGGGUCAGAUAUGUUCUGCUGAUGACUAUGGCACUUUAUGCAAAAUAAAAUGGGGGAAAAACAAUGCGAAAUACAAAGUCGUCUACUUAAUGAACCAAGAGGGAGCGCCUGGCUAGCUGGCGCC